AUGGAUGAAAAUAGUCUCACAGGAUAUGGACUGAUUUUACAUGUUGCAACAAGUACAACUAUCCAAGCUGGAUCUAGGACCAUCCAUGCCUCCAGCUCCGAAGAGGCAGAAGCACUGACAUUGCUUGAAGCAGCAAGGUGGGCGACAAGCAUGGACUGCAAAUUCUUCUGGAUUGAAGGAGAUUGCAAGGGUGUUAUUGAUUUUGCACAAGGUCAAGCAAAUACAAUUCAAUGGAGAAAUCAAGCAAUAAUCUAUGAAGCAAUGAGGAUUUUAAAGUCAUGUGAGUCUUUUUUGGGUUUUACUUUCAAUCAUAGGAGUGUUAACAAGGUUGCAGAUGUCUUAGCGAAACAAGCAAGAACUCAAGGCACUCACAAACAACAAUCGGGACAAAUGCCAUCUUUCAUUCAACCUGCUUUAGAUUAUGACUUUAAGUUUUUAAUUUCAAACGCAAUGUGUGCACAAACUGAGGAUAACAAUCUGUUGGUAGGUUCUCGUAUCUCAGUUUGCACUAACGAGAUAAGAGCAGCCAACAGUUCUACUAGUCUCUUGUAA